UCCCAAUAGCUCUCAAUUUCAAACAGAUGAGUGCUUGCUCCGAACGGCGACGUGUCUCAGUGCUAUUCGCGCCUCAGAGGACCUCUUGAACAUCCGGUUCAUUCCGUCAUACACGCGACGCUCAGGAUGUCGGAGUUGAGCCCUUGCAUCUAUGACGGCCUAGAGUUGAUGCUUGCGGAUACGAAUCAGACGAACUCUAUGGACACGCCCAAGUGGAUCGACGAUGCGGACUCGACGGUCAUCUUCGGGAUGGCUCUAGUAGCUGCCCUAGCGGUCGGGCUCGGGGCGUAUAUCGCAUUCGUGAUACGAGUGACUUUCCGAGAAAAUCGUCGACGGAAAAGGCUCGAAGAAAUCCUCAAGAAUGUUCCAGUCAGUUUCAACGCAACGAAUCAAAGCCUCGCGGGAGUCCUGGAUGUCCGGAGCCGCCCCGACGACGACUCUGGCUGUGACCCCGGGCUCGUCGCCGCCCACAAUGCUGGCCUCCACCCGAAUAUAGUUUCCAGCACCGAUCGCGGUGCCGCCCAUGUGUCAAGCUACAGCGCCGCGUACGACGCCAAAUACAAAGCCGCUUGUAAUCAAGCCUACCAUGCGGAUGAAUACGAGUCGGGGAGUGACACCGAGCGGUUUUGAGCUCAACAAGAGGUUCGGUUCAACAGUCCUCCUCGCAAUUCGAAUAGAUUUUCUUCCCCGAGGCCAUGCGGGCGCCCUCAAUCUUCCGGCGCAGAGGCGACCCGAAAACUGAGGGAGGUGCAUCAGAUAAACAUGAAUUGUGAGGAGAAAUAAACUCGGCUCGCAGUGAUGAUUCAAGUUUUGUAAGAUUAUACCCUGCUGGCAUCAACCUUGUCCUCUUUUGUCGAACUGAUUUGUAUCGUACCGUACAGGCUCAUCGAAUAUGAUGCGGAGGGGUAUUGAGCGGCCUGCUCGAUCCGAGCUCUUAUUGUCCGAGUUUCGAGGAGAGAGGGGCUGCCGUCUUUGUGUGUAUUUUUGUGCAAUAAAUGCUCGAUAUCUACAUCGUACUAUCCA